AAGGAAAAGUUUUGGGGUCUGGUAGGGGGAGGAAGGGGGAGGGAGUAGUGGAAGAAAGAAGGUGGAUGGUCGGUUUCCCACGCUGAGCUGGAAGGAAUGAUGACCGAGGAAGGAUGUGCACCAGCGGCCAGAUUAUUGGGAGCCUCUUGGUGCUCUCCGUGCUGGAGAUAGGGCUGGGGGUGUCCAGCGUGGCCGUGGGGGCGGUCAGCUUCAGCCUGGCCCUCCGACAGCACAAGCCGCAGCUCGGAGACUCGUCCCCGGUAUGGAGCGGGGUGUGUUUUCUUCUUUGUGGCAUAUGUGGAAUAUUGUGCGCCAAAAAAAAAUCUGGACUUAUCAUGAUCCUCUUUUCCGCCUGCUGCAUCUGUGGCCUCAUCGGGGGCAUCCUGAACUUUCAGUUCCUUCGGGCUGUGACAAGAAAGACCUCUUCCCUCUACCCCCUGCAUCUGGCCUCCAUGUCCCUUGCGUGCAUUGGGAUCGGGGGCUGCACCCUCUCUUCAUGGCUCACUUGUCGCCUGGCCAGCUAUGAACAGAGGAGGAUGUUCUCGGAGAGGGAGCAUUCCCUGCAUCACUCCCAUGAGAUGGCUGAGAAAGAAAUGACAGACAACAUGAGCAAUGGAGGACCACACCUGAUAUUUAACGGAAGAGUAUAAUUAAUGUUGUAAAGAACUGAACAUUUUUUAGGAUUUUCACGAGGCAAGGAAAUACCAAAGGACUAGGAGAUGAAACUGAAACAGUUCUUGCAUUUGCUGUUAUCUCUCCCGAGCACCCACUACAAUUAUUCUUUCUCUAUUUUGCCUCUCUUGUGUCUUCAGCUUUUUUUAUUAGGUGAAAACUGUCCAGAAAUGUUCUAGGACAGUAAUUUCAACACUUUCCAGAUGGUUCUAAAAAAGACUUUUCAGUGGGGAAAAAAGAGGAAAAGAUGAAACUGAAAGAUUCCUCUUCUAUACAAACAUUAUUUGACUAGCAUGAGUGUUAGAUUUGUUAUCACCUAUUUCGUAUAAGUAUUCAAAAAGUGCAAGUAUCAAAAAUAACAAUAACUUGUUGAUGUCUUUGUUUUGAAAGACAGUGGCUUCAAGAAAGCCAUGAUUCAAAACCUCAGCAAUGCCUUGUUGUAAAAACAUUGUAAUUAUUUUCAACUUGUGAAUGAACUAUAUUUCAUAAUUUAUUUGUAAAUGACAAAAUAACAUAAACCAUAAAAAAAGAUUUUUUUAGAGAGAGAACACU